AAAACAAUUGAGCAAAAUUCAGAUAGAAAACUUGAACAGUUCGCGCCAAAUCUCGCGUUUCGCGCGUUUUCGCGUAGUCCUGCAUACUGCAUACAUGUAUCAAAUUACUGAUUUUUCGGAAUCCAGUAUGUCAGUAUGUGCCAGUGUAUCAACUGACAUUUUCGCGGAUUUGUUGCAAACUUGCAAUAUGUAUCUUGAACAAGGAAAUGUACAUUUCUGCUAACAACUAACAGACGAAAAUCCAACUCUACUUGGUACUUAAAAGGUAUAUUCGUGUCUUAAUUUGAAAGAAUAAUAGCGAUUUUCGGUGACUCUAUGCUUGUAUCGAAGCGAAACUGCGAAACGAGCGUAUUAAAUAGCAUAGUUUGGCAAUAUAAUUUCAUACAAUUUCCGGCUUCUUUCUAGUGAUGUUAUUGUAUCUACGCAAUGACAGUUUGUACAGAAUUGAUACAAUUGAGUUAAUAGAUGGUUGCUAUCCUCGUAUAACGUACGAUGUGGGAACAUUUGGCAACGAUGGUGUUCGUUCACCUCCACCCACCGAAGAAUAUUCCGUCUCAGAUUUAAACAUUGAACCAGCAUUAUGGGGGAUCAUCUUAAUUUUGGAUAGAGUAUGCGUGGAUGUAAAAAGAAGACGAUUUUCAUGGGCCACAACAAGCGUUGGAAAAAUACUGGACGACGAAGGUAUAAGUUUGAAACGCAUGACUUGUCAGAAGACCAGAAAUAUAUUCGAAUCACGAGGGAUUUUUAUGUGAUAGGCUGAUAGCCUUAUUUAUUUGAGAAAACUGAUUUUAAAUUUUAGUACUUCUUUCGAAGAAUAAUGGGAUAUUGUAUGCUUCAAGAGAGAUAGGAUCUAAUUUAGCGCCCUAAAUGAUAUUUAUUUUAUUAGUACAAUAAAAUAUUUUUGUGUAUCGUCACUCGCAUCGAAAUUGGCAAAUUACACGCACUUCCGGUUCUGUAAUAAAACAAUUAAAACACUUAUCUAAUCUAGCCGCGGGCCUCUUUAUGGGUUUUAGCCUGCGAAUAGGUUUUGAAAAAAAAUGUUUCGUGUUUUCAUGAUUGAGACGUUAGGCAUUAACUAAUAUUACACCUCAAAUUCAAAGUGUCCAAUCAGAACGCUAUAAGUGAUGAUAUAAAGCCCUGGGCAAACUAGGGAACAUUGUUGCGGAAACAUUGUUUCCUGCAAGGCUUAAUGUAUUAUUCCAAACAAACUAACAAACUCAUGCAACAAAUAUAAAGCAACACCAAACUGUAAAUUACAAAGUAAACCUAACCAUUAUCAUAACUCAUGCAGUGGCGCCGUGGGACCCAUGUUUUUUGGGGGGCCAAGGGCAGUUAACUUUUCCGACAAAAAAAUCGCCAAAAAAAUUUCGGUCAGUGUACCAUUUUAGGGGUCAAAAAAUUUUUCCUGACAUACCAAAAUUUUUCGUUACAUCUUAAAAUUUUUGUGUACAUCACCAAUUUUCUCCAUUUAUCCAAAAUUUUCCGAAUAUACCAACGUCGGAAACUUUGACAAUUUCCGACAACAUUGACAAUUUUCCAAAAAUUUCCGACAACAUUCACAAUUUUCCGACGGGUCUCCACAAUAGGGGGGGGCCAUGCCCCCCCCGGCCACAGCGCCACUGAACUCAUGUCAAUCCAGUUAUUAAGUUUGUUGACUUUGUUAUAUGAAAGUUUACCUGAAAAUCAUCGUUUUGAUCACAGGUACAGAAGAUCCUUCAUACAGAACACAUUAUGCAGAUGACGAACGUUACGAGUAUGAUGAUAAUAUUGAUGAAUUAUUUAAUCUUGCUGAGCACCUGAUUACAAUCAGUCAUUCACGAACAAAAAGUAUACGAGAGGUAAUAAGUCAAAUCACAAUAAUUGAACUAAAUAUAUCUUUUCCAGGCAUCAUGUGACAAUAUAAUGAUGGUUCUUGAAUAAUGACAUAUUUCACCACUGUAGUACUUUUAUGUCUACUAGGUAGUGGUUAAGAUACACUCGAGAAAUUACCAGUGGCGAAGCCAGCCCGACAAUUUGGUCAUGCUAUGCAAAUUUUAAAUAAUUAUCAUUGUUCAUUUCUUUAGAAAUUUAUUGUUUUCACAGUGUUUGAACAUGGAAAUAUUUGCAUAGCAUGACCAAAUUGUCGGGCUGGCUUUGCCACUGGAAAUUACAGGAUCAAACUAGCUGAAAAAUGUUGAACGGCCUUCACUCAAAAUGUUGAAGUUGUUGUAUAAUUCAACUAGUUUAGUUCUGUGAUCUUUCAAUACAUGCUUCUGGUAAGUACAUCAGGCGUAAAAAAAAAUACCUGUGGUUCCGGUUCCCGUGUGAUCUUUCAAUACAUGCUUCUGGUAAGUACAUCAGGCGUAAAAAAAAAUACCUGUGGUUCCGGUUCCCGACCCUAUUUAUUUUCUGCCGACCCUAUUAUUUUUUCAACACGAUUGACUGUGCGACCCUAUUUUCUCCAGGUGGUUGCGGGCUGCUCAUACAGCGUGCCAAAAUGGCGUCUGUUGUCACACUAAUUAUUGAGCAAAAUUGCCUAAAUUCGUCGAUAGGAAAUACGCAUCUCUAGUUAAUAUUGAUGUCGGGACUCUACUGCAAAUCGCCCAGCAAAAAAACGCCAAAACCAUGAAAAAAAUAUUCAAAAAAAAAAAUGAUUUCCGACCUACCGACCCUAAUUUUUUCACGAUAUGAAACCGGAACCACAGGUACAUUUUUUUUACGCCUCACCUUGGCCAUAGACCCUUGUUUUUGUGUACAGUACAUGGCAUUGGUUAGAGUCCAACGGUGCAAUCACGAAAAAAGGCUGUAUAGCCAAGGUGGCGACAUACUCUCUGGAAGCGUUUAAUAUAUUAGCAGGACGUGGGAUGUUUAUUUGGUAAUGAGAAACACUGGAAGCAAGGGUGAAAAGUGGCAGGAUUCUGGAUUUUAAGAAGUUAUACGACACAGGGAUAAAUUAUAAAGUUCUGUGGGAACAUUGGGGUAGUAAACUUUCUAGUAGUAUUUCUCUAUUUUAAUUAAUUAAUAAUUUGGUCUCAAUCCCAGUCUGAAAGCCCCUGAAAUAUCACUGCCUGUCUAGUCAAACAAGCACCUCCUCAACUCUUUAGAGUCAAGAGGAGCAGUCCUCAUUGAUAAGAAUGCUGUAUUGCUGUAUCCUUCCAAAAAUACAAAUAUACCAAAAGGAUCUUAGAAAAGUUGAAGAAGCUCUCAAAAAUCAGAUGUCAUAUAUCAGGAAGCUCGACCAUGACAUUGAACGAGACUCACAAGUGUUGGACGAGUUGUACAAAGUUCUGUGUAAACAACAAGAUGAAAGAUUGCAUCAGUUUGAACACAUUGCUCUGGAGAAAAAAUGUACAAAGAUGUUUGUUAUGGCUAUUGAUGCAGAUUUAAAGAAGAGAAGACAUCAACUAGAAGACCAGGUAGCACAAUAAUUACAUCAUGACAUGUCACCAGAUAUUUUUUUUAUGUCAUUUUAGAUAAGUAUAUAACGGAAAGUAGCCAGGACCUUGUGGAUAGAAGAAAGUAUCUAUUUGAUUUACAUAUUCAAUAUUUUGUCAUGUUCUAGAAUGUCAAUAUUCUUGGAAAAUUUUUUAUUUAUUUAUAUAUAGCAAUAUUUGUACAAUUAUAAAAACAUCCUUUCACUGAGAAUACUGCACGUCCUCCAAGACAAUUAAAAGGCUAAAAAUUAAGUGUUGCUACCCAAAGAUGCGAGUUCGAUUCCGCAUGAGACAACAAUUUUUUUAUUGUUUUCUGCUGUGCCAGAAUAAAUGUGAAACUAGUUUUUCAUACCUCUGAGGAUGGUUCACUGAAAAUUCUUCUACAAAAAAUAUAAUAAAUUUCUUAUACCUAUUCAGCAUUGUGCCUGUCUCCAAGGCCAGUUCCACCAUCAGGAAUGCAGGAAAUGGUGCUUCUUUGUGAGAGUUAUAUACUCUUCUUGCAUCAUGUGCAAGUUUCAGCAAUGGUUGCUGUGCAUCCAUUUUCCUGCAGCGUUCGGUGGGUUGGAUUACGGCUGGGUCCUAUCUUAGCUUCAUUUUCCUAUAUCCAAUUCUUCUUACGUUUUGUUUAUAUAAUAUCUCUAAAUACUUGCAACUCUAAUACCAUGGUAAUACCAUCUUGGUUCUCAUCUCUUUACCUGUCAAUAAAAUUUCAAAUCUUGAUUUUAAUAACUUCACAACUCCUAGAAAUGUCAACGAAAAUGAAUAAUAGUUUUGGCCUGCUGUUGCAGUUUUCGCUAUUUCGAGCGGGCCAUUUUGGCAGUUCAAAAACAGAAAUUGCAGACCGUAAUUCAUUUGCCCUUCCAAAAAUAUUUCAGGCCAUCUUUCUAUAUUCUUUCUACGUUCCGGUACGGUUGAAAUGGCACACAGGUUGCAACAAGGUAACAUUAAUACGUGUCUUUAUGAGUUUCGAUUCUCAUUCUCAGUGAUUUUUCGGUUUCCCUAGAUUGACGUGAACCAGGGUAUUGUUCAACAUAUCAAAGCCGCCAUUCGAGACAAUGGCGAGACGAAAGAGAGAAAACAUGAGCUGGAGGAAGCGCGCAAACUCACUGCCAACUUGCAUACGAUAUUACAACGAGUUCUCGUGGCAAUAAGAGAUACAAUAAGAGAAUCUUUAGAGAGUGAAAGAUUUCAACUGCAUGACAACCAGACGAUUGUGGUGGAAUAUCUCAAGUGCAAGGAAAUGUCUGAGAAACAGAAAACAUUGGCAAAACGUCAAAUGGAAAAGAAGGUUAAGCCUGGUUUCCAUUAAAUCGUAAUCAUCGCAAUAGUCGCGGAACGCAGACAUCGCUAUCGCAAAAAUCGAAGUCUAUCUUUGCGACUUUGUCGUAAGAGUCUUAGUUAUCGGUGUGACUCAAGUUUCCAAUAAAUCGCAGUUUUUAUUACAAUUUGCGCGUUUUUUAAAUCGUUGCGACGCUUGCGAUGCGGUUCUUGCGAUAAUUACGAUUUAAUGGAAACCAGGCUUUAUACAAGCAUACAAGAUGAAAUGAUAAUACGUAUUUUGAAACAUGCUGUUUAUAUAAGUGCGGUUUUGUGACCUCCUAUUAAAAUGUGUAAUAUUUGCAUGGCUCCUAGCUGAUUGCACAUGUACGCGAAUAUAAUAGGCGUUAACCACUGGCGUUAACCAAGGUCGCAUACUGCCAACUCUCAUGCAUUCUUGUCCUUGUUUGAUCCGGACUUAAGAAAGGCUAGGGAACGCUAAAAAACCUGAGGAAGGCUAUGAUAAGGUAAGGACGAAUAAGCUAGGGAACGCCAGGAUAAGCUAGGGAACGCCAGGAACGCUAAAAAACCUGAGGAAGGCUAUGAUAAGGUAAGGACGAAUAAGCUAGGGAACGCCAGGAUAAGCUAGGGAACGCCAGGAUAAGCUAGGGAACGCCAGGAUAAGCUAGGGAACGCCAGGAUAAGCUAGGGAACGCCAGGAUAAGCUAGGGAACGCCAGGAUAAGCUAGGGAACGCCAGGAAACGCCAGGAUAAGCUAGGGAACGCCAGGAUAAGCUAGGGAACGCUAAAAAAGCUGAGGAAGGCUAUGAUGAGAUAGGACAAAGCAAGACGAAGGAGGGCGAGACGACCAUGGUCUCUCAAGAUACGAUGGUCUGGAAACUAAACAGUAGUGUUUGUUACAUGUUUUUGUCUGAGUUUAUGUUCAUUUUUGCACUGAUUGAGCUCAUUGUAUUUUCGUAUAAUUAAGUAACUGCCCAAUGGGGAUAGCUGAGAUGAAACGUGCAGCUACAAUGAAUAUUAUAUAAUACCUUAUUAAAUUCUAAUCGUUUAAUUGGCUGUUUAUGGUCACGUGAUAUUGAAUAGAAAAUUCCAUUUCCCAAGAGUGCAAUGGAACGCGUUCCAUUGCACUCUCCGCGAGUGCAAUGGAAUAAAACGUAUAGUAUAAAUUCCAUUUCCCAAGAGUGCAAUGGAACACGUUCCAUUGCACUCUCCGCGAGUGCAAUGGAAUAAAACGUAUAGAGCAAUUGCACUCUUUGUGUUUUCGAUAAAUCGCAUCCCUCAAAAUGCUUCUCAUACGAAUCUAUUAGUCUAUUUUUCUGGAAUAAAACGUAUAGUGCAAUUGCACUCUUUGUGUUUUCGAUAAAUCGCAUCCCUCAAAAUGCUUCUCAUACGAAUCUAUUAGUUUAAUUUUGGUAUUAUAUAAAACAAAUAAUGAAUGUUUCUUCGUGCAAUGGUAAGAAUAUUUUCAUUCGGUGAAAGAUGGAAUGUUCCAUUCAACUCGGCUGUCGCCUCGUUGAAUGGAACAUUCCAUCUUUCACCUCAUGAAAAUAUUCUUACCAUUGCACUCAUAAACAUUCAUUAUUUGUAUAAUAUUUAAUGAAGUUGAGACAAGGGAUUUGUGUAAUACAGUUCAACAUCAAACAAAGGUAUAAAGUUUGUUCGUUCACUGCAACCAGGUAUAUCAGCUCGCUACUCUGGUUUAAAUAAAUGAUUACAAAGCCCAGUCGAAUUGUAAUCAAGACCCAACGUUUCGACACUCCAGUCUAGUGUCUUCAUCAAGGCUGAUCUAAAACUGUGAUCGUGGCUUCUUAAAUACCCAAGGGAUGACGUCACCUGCCAAGAAGAUGCAUAUAUUCCUCUGGCAAAUAGGCACCGUCAUCCCUAUUCAAAGCAUGAUGCCUCAUAUUUAUAUGCCACGCUUCUAGGCAAAGUCUUUGACCAUAUUUUGUGCCUUUGAAGUUUGUCGGGAUUCCAGACCAUCAUAUCUUAAUAGAAUAUGUUUAGACCAUGCAUUAACACAAUGCAAACUUAGGGUUCAGUCAAGUGAAACACCCAAUAUUAACAGCCAUUACUUCAACUCUAUGUAUCUACAGUAAAUAACUUAGUGCUCUUUUUCCAACUCAUCGUUUGAUUUAGGUUCGAGCUAUGAGUAUAUUGGAGAACUUAAAACGUAUCAAAGAAGAUGUAACAAAGGACGAAGGUGUGGCUAGCGCUACCAUAACUAGUCAUUCGGGAGUACGACCAACUGAUGGUAGGUAUAGAUUAACCGGUUUCAUGAGUGGAAUUUUUAUACAUUUAUUAUACCUAACUAAGAGCAGUUGCGGAUCAAAGGCCGUUGAGGCCGACUCACAGAUGAGAUCAAAUGAAAGUGACAGAAAGAAUUAGAGCAGUUUGCAGUUGUUUUUGCAAACGGGCACUGUGCGAAUUUUGCCAUCUGUCGUGCUUCUUUUGCCAAAUCAAAAGAACGAACGCGUGCUCCAGCCCGAUUUCCAGUUCUGAACAGUCCGAUUCGCAGGCAAACAGUGCACGCAAAGCAGGCUGGUCAUUUCCCAUUAUUUAACUGUCCCACACUCAAGUAAAAAAUCAGUCAAAAAUGCAACUAUCAGCCCUCUGGCAGGAAUCCAACCUGCGGCCCUGCAAAUCCCCUCGAGAAUUGGUUAUAUCGAGUGAAGUGCCCAAAAUCCUGGCAUGAUAAUUGCACGAAUUACUGGUUUACUGUAGAAGAAAACUGGUAUUACAUCACUGUUCAAAGUAAAGAUAAAGCCGUAAAGAAUAGGUGCUAAUCAUCGUUGCUGUGAAUUCGAACUCUAUCUAUACGAGACUUCUUAACGAGAGUUAGUAGCAUUAAGAGUGUUUUUCAAACAGUAAAAACCUAAAAUGCCUUUCAAUACCGCUAUAUCUUCGCUGAGAAUCAAAAGUACCUCCAAAUCAUCUGCCCAUGCUGACUAAACCAAAAGUAGGCACUCUAAGUUCUGUGCUCAGGAUUUUAUAGCAUUGUGAGAAAUUUUUCUGCGUAUUAACACUUCAUCUUUGCCCCUUGUAAAUUAUUUCCUAACUGACAGGGUUUCCAACAGAAGCCGGCUUUCGGCGAAUUUCGCCGCUUAUAAUGCAGACAAACGCCGGUUGUUUCUCGAAAUGAUUUCCUUCUUACCACAGAAAUGUCAAGCGAAAGGUUUCAUGUUUUUAAAACACGAUAUUCUUCGUUAAAUGUUUUGGAUAAUCUGACUAAAGCUCCAAAACAACUCUCGAAAAUGACCGGAAAUGCUAUUGAAAUUUCAAAAUCUUCACAGAACCUUAGGCACCAUCGCAGGGUUUCCAAAUUCUGUUGGAAAUCGUGCUUACACCUUUCUUAUAUAUUCGCCCGCUCAUUCUUGUAAGCUCUGCCUCUGAUAUGCCACUAUCUUUUUCAUUUGCAGUUAUCAGUGACAGCCACUUACCUGAGUAUCAAACACUAAGUGAACGCGUCACGGCUAUUGUAAACAACCCCGAACACCCAUUUGGAGAAGAGUUUGCAAAAUUCACCAGAUACAUACGAGGAUCGUGUCAGGAUAUUUUGGAUGGUGUGCAAUCCUCGAGGGAAGGCGGCGAGAAACGAAAAAAGAACACUGCGAGCUUUGAAAACGGCUACCUACUUGUUGACUGCGAUGGCACGUCCCAGGAAGAAUAUUUAACACCAUUAGAGAAAUUGUGUGAACAAAUUAAGGAGCACUCUGAUCGUACAGCUCAAUUUUUUCUGGAGCAAUUCAAUAGUGUAUACUCCGAUGUGUUAAAACGCAAGUUACAAUUGUGCUAUGAGGAGAAUUUUUACACUCAAGUUGGUAGAGAUAUAAUGAAAGUUUACGAGACGGCGUAUAAAAAACACAAAGAAAAAAUGAUUCAUGACCUGGAGUUUCUUUCAACGUACCCCAUCGGCUGCCUAGAUCUGGGCAUGAAGGAUGAAUGGUGGUUGGAAUUAUUCGAAAAACGUCGUCAGGCAACCAUUGCCAGGCAACGCUCAGCGAGUAAUCCAAUUCCACGACGCAGUUCGAGGAUUGAAACUAGGUUCAGAUCUGAUUCCUCUACACCUCCAGAAAGUGAAAGCUCAUCUACCACCUCGAGUUCAUCACGAUCCUCCAAUGCGUCCUCUAAAGACCAUGUAUAUACCCACACGCAGGCCUCUAAAGAACACAAAAAACGAUCGCCGGGUAGUAUACGCAGUAAAAUGAUCAGUUUCUUGCGACGAAAGUCAGAGGAAGUGAGCGGAGGAAGUAAAAUUGAGAACAGAAAUAGCAAAGGUGAUAGUUGCUAUGAUAAUUAUGACAGUUUUAAAGCGAACAAAAUGUCAGGCGAAAUCGAAGCUUAUAUUCCUAAUGGCACUUGUACCAAUAACAAUGAGCAAGCUUAUAUUCCAAAUGGCACUGAAAACAACGGGAAUAGUUCGAGCUUGCCUGUAGGCAUAGGAAAUCUUAAUGAUAAUCAAAAUCCAACCUCAAGGUCGUCGACUGCGAUCUAUGAAAAAGACACUACGAAAAAUGAACAUACUAAGGUGGAAACACCACAAUACGAGAACGAACUUUCAAAAUUUUCAAAGUAUUUUGGACCAUCUUUAGAUUGCCUCAAGGAUGUUUUUGAAGUACCAUCCGUGUUUGGAAAGCUAAAAUGCUUAACAAAAUCUUUAACCAAAGUGACUAACGCGGUGCAGGAAUUAAGGCAACAAGUCUUAGACAGAGUUGAUGAGAAUAACGAGACAAAAUCUUUAACCAAAGUGACUAACGCGGUGCAGGAAUUAAGGCAACAAGUCUUAGACAGAGUUGAUGAGACCAUCUCUUUAGCCAUUACCGCUGACGAUCUGCUGCCGCUGAUGGUACUUAUUAUACUACAAAUGGACCCAGCGGACGCCUCCGCCAUUGUGGUCGAGUUGAAAAUGAUGCAAGACUUAAUUCCAAAAUUUUUAAGCUUUGGCUGUCAUGGUUGGGCGCUCGUCGAGUUUGACAUGGCAAGCAAAGUUCUGCAGUCAUUGUGCACACAGUUUGACUGGAGUACGACAUUUACUUCUUCGUAACUGGUUAGUUGUAUAACUAAAUAAUCAACUGCUUCGUCAUGCGCCCUCAAGAAAGCCCUGGGGACGAGGCUGCUAAAUAUUAACUUAUACUUAGGCCCCAGUUUAUAUACGAUACCGGAUUUGCAUCGGAGCGAGUCGAGCGACAUCAACUAAGACGCUUUUCGACCUCUUACAACUUUUCAUAUUUGAACUUUUUGACUAAUUCUGUUAUAUUAUCAUAAUUUUGAGUGCUAAACUCCCCUUAAAACUGUAAAAUUUGAUGUCGCUCCGAUGCGAAUCCGGUAUCGUGUAACUGGGGCUUUAUUAAACUACUGUAUAUGCAUGGGGGACAUUCAUAUUGUCUUUGUAUAAUUGUAUUCAGGUAGUAAAACAAGUAUUAACAUGUGUGACAUUUCAUAAAAUUUAUCGGGCGAAACUUUUUUUUUAAUUAAAAUCGAAACUAAAUCUAGGUGUAGUGUGUCUAUUUCUUAAAUUUGUCUAAGAUAUUUCAACUCACUUACCAUAAGACUGAUGCAGUAUGAUGAUGUGUUAACUGUACCAGUCGAGAAACAGGAGCGAAAACGAGCACAUCACGAGAAAAAACAGAAUCCAGACACGAAAACUUGCAUUGUUCUUGAUUGCCUGUCGAAAAU